AUGGUAAGCAGCCUAAGCUCCUCUCUUUUUUUUCUCCUUUUUCACUUUCGCUUUUUUCUCCAUCUUAUAUCCCUCUCUACGCCUCUAAAAGUUUCUUCCACAGUGCCUUUUGCAGGUCUAUAAUGCCUGCCCGUAGCAGUUUUUCUUCAUAAAAAAUCAAGGGUCGGUGCCAGAUUAAACCCUUUUUUUUCUGUCUGAUUCCUAUCUUUUUCGUUGUCAAAAGAUGCCAUCACCACCAAAACCACCCAUGUUUUCUCCCUCAUUAUUACUCUCAUUGUCUAUAUCUCCGAUUUUGCUGCGUUUUUACCUUAUAGCUUUCCGCUUUGUUUCCUAGAGUUUUCAAGAGAGUUUAUAGAAAGUUCUGUUCUUUGGCUGCCAUUAGUGGAAACAAGUGAGAAUUUGAUUGUUUCAAGGUGGUUUUUUUUCCCUACUGAAAAUGAAAAAGAUUAGCUUUUAUGAGUGUUGGAAUCAUGCAUAUGCACGCCUUCGAGGAAUGUCGUGGGCUGGAUUUUGAUUGUCUGUUUGCUGAUUGAAGAGUUGUGUGAAGGGUGUCAUCGAUUUGCAGUAUUGAAUCCAAAUUGAUCUCCUCUUUCGACCGACGAUCCAAGGGAAAACAAGUAUUUUGAGGUGCUGAUUUCUUACUUGCGGAAGCAAAAGGGACAUAUUUUGGUGCCUUGGCAAUGGAGUCCAAAGCAACAUUCGGGUUUGGACCUUGUUGUUAACGCAGCUUGAGAUUAAAAAAAAGGACACGUUGAAAUUGGAAUAUUUUUUGUGUGUUUUUCAACCAACAAAAAACCAGCUACAUUGUGACUGAUCCUCUCUUCUUGUUCUUGGUGGUAUCGAAUUUUGUGGCACUCUUUUCUUUUCAGAUUCUAGGGUCACCUUUCAACGAAAAUUAUCUAUCAUCAAAUCGUUAUAAUCUCAUUAGAAAACCACAUUUAUCAUGGCCAAAAGAUCGAAUAGACGUGCUGUGCGGAAUGAAAAAGAGCAGUUGGGCUGUAUGUGGGGCUUGAUUAGUAUGUUUGACUUCCGCCUUGGGAGAUCGACUCAGAGACUUCUUUCCGAUAUAAGGCGUGGGAACAAGUAUGCAGGUGGUGUGGGAAAUUCGGGAAAUAAACUUGACAGUUCUGGUGACAAGUGUUUGAGAACUCAUGGUGGUGAAGAGAAAACAAAAGCUAUGGAUGCAUGUAAGUCGAAUGUGAAGAAACUCAUUGAAGAAGAAAUGUUGGUAAAGCAAGCUGCGAGAAAGGAGUUAAAUAAUUCUUCCGCUGAAGCAAAGCAGUUCGACUCGGUGCAAGGAGACAAUGGGAGGAAGAACCGAAAAAGAAAAAACAAAACUCGAAAGAGAAGUUCCGGGAACAGCCUUGAUAUGGAUGCUGCUGAGAACCUGUUAUCUGAAACUACAAGCAAUCUUGACAUGGAUGGUCUAAUGAAAGAGUUUUGUCGGCAAAUCCAUCGGAAAAGAAUGAAUUGUGUGAAUCAUGACCAGCUUGCUGAAGCUAAUAUGCAGUCAAACCCGAAGAGUUCUGAUUUAGAAGAUAGGUUAAGUGAGGCACUCAAGUUCUUAGUGAGUCAGAAGGUUGUCGACAGGAAUCUACUUACCGAAAAUGGGGAAUUCCAAGCCUCAAAAGAAGUCAUGGAUGCACUUCGAAUUUUGAGUUUAGAUGAGGAGUUGUUUUUGAAGCUUUUACGAAAUCCGAACUCAAUGCUGGUGAAAUAUGUUAAAAACAUGCAGGAUUUUCAGUUAAAGGAUGAAGAGUCUAAGCCUCUCACUCCAUCCAACUUUUCCGAGAAUGAACCUGUUCGUUUAAGACAAUCAAAUGAGCCUGUUAAUAGAAAACAGCGUAAUUUCUUUAGAAGAAAGUCGAAGUCUCAAGAAAGAUGCAUGUCAGAUGAAAAAAUGGUUUCUGAAGCUUCGAGUAAAAUAGUAAUUUUGAAGCCUGGGCCGAUGACUCCUGAAACUGGAAGCAGCUUCAGCUCAUCACCAGAUUCUCAGUACACGGUAAGACAUAGAGAACCUAAUGAGAAAGUCGGUUCCCACUUUCUUCUUGCAGAAAUCAAGAGAAAGUGGAAACAUGCUAUGGGAAGGGAGCAACAAAGAAUCCCCACCGAUCGUAUAUCCGCAAGACUUCCGGGCAAGCAACAAAAUUCGGUGAGCAACGGAGGAGUUAAGGAAUAUAUCGGGAUGAGUUCUCCAACUAAAGACCACUUUUUUAUUGAAAGAAUGUCGAGGUCAUCUAUCGGUGUCAAAAAAGGAGAAAAGACGAGCAAACUAAAAGACUCUGAACUUGGUACAGAAUAUGAGACUACCAACUUUUCCCGGCAUUCAAACAUCUAUAUCGAGGCAAAGAAACAUCUAUCUGAGAUGAUAACCAAUGGGGAGGAGAAUGUGGAUCUUUCAUGCCGAAGGGUUUCAAAAUCCUUAGGUAGGAUUCUUUCUCUCCCGGAGUAUAACUCUUCCCCUUUUGGCAGCCCCGGGAGGAACUCGGAGUCUAGAUUUAUAACUGCACAGAUGAGGUUUUUGGGCUCUGACAAAUUGCAGAGUGUGAAUGAAAAUGAUCGAUACAACUAUGUCAGCCAUCUAAGUCAAGUAGCAGAGGAACCUGAGAGCCAGCUUGGCGUUUCGGAUAACAAAACCAGCGAUGAAGUCCUAGGUGACAAUGCAAUUUCAAAUAACAUCGACACUCGUUCGAAUGAUGAUUGUUCUACUAAAGGUGAAAUGAACUCCAAAGACGGUGUGAAUAUUGCUAAAGACACAGAAAUUCUGGUCCAGGAAGAAAGCGAGCUCUCGGAUGCUUCUUCUGAGACAAGUGACCCUUCAAUUACUAGAGAUGACAAAAAUGUUGACAUACCUGAAGUAUAUGGUGAAAAACAAUAUCCCAAAUGCUUGAAACAGGAUUCAUCUGAAGAGGAUCAACAGCCGUUUUCUCUGUUAGAAUCUCCAUCAACUUCAAAAGUUGAUGGUCUAGAGAGUGUUAAUGAUACACAAGAGCGGCCAAGUCCCGUAUCUGUUCUUGACCCAAUAUUAACCGAGGAUGUUUCCAGCCCGGCCAGCAUCAGAUCACGUUCUGGUGAAACAUCCCUACAGCCAAUAAGAAUUCGAUUCGAAGAACAUGGAUCUAUACCCACAAAUCAAAGUAAUCAUAUCAAAACUUGUAUGGAUGACAAGGAACUGAUAUUUGAGCACGUAAAUGCCAUGAUGCAACCCUCAACUUUCAACUGGGAGGAACUCUACAUCAGGUCCCUUUCUACCGAACUUCUUCUUGAUCCGUUGUUGCUUGACGAGGUAGAAUACUUUCCAAGCCAGCUUUGCCCCAACCAAAAACUGCUCUUUGAUUGCAUUAAUGAAGUUCUCAUGGAGGUUUGCGAGUACUAUUUCGGUUCACUUGGUUUGUCAUUUGUUAAACCUAAUAUCCGUCCGAUCCCUAACGCGAAGAACACCAUUGAAGAGGUCUGGCAAGGAGUUUAUUGGCAUUUGCUCCCACUGCCACACCCUCGGACUUUGGACCAGAUAGUCAGAAAAGACAUAGCUAAGACAGAAACAUGGAUGGACCUUAGACUCGACACGGAUUGUAUUGGUCUUGAGAUGGGCGACGCCAUCCUUGAAGAUUUAGUGGAAGACACCAUAACUAGCUGCAUGUAUGAAACUCUUGAAGUUGAAUUUGAUGUUGAAGAACUACAUGACUGACACCAACUCCUAAAAGACAAAUGACCGAGUUCCGUUCACUGAAAGCAAGCUAAUAAAGCCCUUCCCUCCGCAUGGAAAGGAUGGCCGGUGACACCCGACAAACAAGAGGGUUUCAUUUAACUCCCCCUAAAACUGUUUUAUCCUAUGAUCCAAUGGCUUUCCUGUAACAAUGCCAUCAAUUAACCAUUAACCAGGAGAUCAUUGAAGCAGCUAGCGACCGCAGAGCCCAAAGAGAUCCUUUCUGCAACUGCUCACAAGAAUCAGCAAGAAAUACCUGAUUUCAGAGGCAUUUCUCAGCUUAGUUGUAUGAUCGAUGGAAAGCCAUUGUCUCUCACUGUAGAAUUUAUAGGGAUUGGUGUGUGUUUGUGUGUUUUAGUUUGAUUGAUUUCAUUCGUUCUUGGGCUUGUUUAACUGGCGUGUUCUUGUUGUAUUUGUGUGUGCUUUGGUAUUUAGAGUUGAGUGCUUAUGGCUUAUUUGAUAAUGGGGUAGGAUUUCAUAUGCCUGUAUGAGUAUGUAUGACUGUAUAUGUAAAAGCUAUGCUCGCUGAAGAUAAUAAUAACACUGAAGUUCACUCAUUU